CAUACACACUGUCAAAACGUUCUACGCGAAGCGAUUUAGUUUUCUCAACGGGUUCGUCAUCAUUGCCUGAAAAUUAUCACGUUUAUGGAUUAAUGCUUAAACUAGCCUUCAACAACAUUGAAACAUUUCGAUUCAUGUUAGAGAGUUGUAAAGAAAAAAGUGUACUCUAUAGCUCUGCUGACCUUACAUCAACAUCGUAUCACUGUCGCUGGUGCUGUGCUCGCACCGCCAUUCGUGAUGUGCUAUUGAGCAAAAACCAAACAAAUUGUGCGUUCCUCCCGAAAACAAUUAUAGUUCACAUCACACGGUGCCACGCAUCUGGUCCAAUGGCAUUCGACAAAAACGGUACCGGCCAAGCUGAAGCAAGUGCAAUUCUUUAGUGUAAACAACAUGUUUUUGUUUAACGUGGAGCCUCCCCAUGGUACAUAGGGCUCCGUUGGCAAUAGCUGAUCUUGUGCGCAUCAAACGUCUUGGUAGAAUCUCGUUAACAAUCUACCAGCAUCUGUAGUAGAAAUUUUCUUCCAUUCCAAACAUGUUGUCAGUCGGAUACGAACAGCGAAAGAAGAACGACCGUACGAAUGAUAGGAUAUCCGUUGAUGUUAGUCGAAGUAGCAAACACCACAAUCGUUAGCCGCAUUGGGCAUUCGGCCUGCCGAAAUAGCCUUCGACUGUUGGCAUCAAGCGUCAUCAGUGGCUGCGAACGCGCAAAAUGCAGGCAAAAAAACGCUACAUUCUAGUGAUAAUCUGUUGCGCUUUCCUAGCGUACUGUUACCUGGGAGGCUAUCGGCUGAAAGGAUUGCAAGCGCUGUUUCGGAUACGUGUGCGUAAAAAUCCGGACAAUCUACCAUGCUAUCACCAGCUGCACUACCAAUACGCUGAAAGUACGGAUUCAUCAAAUCAGGCGCAAGCAUUACCGGACGAUGAUCUAUUUACCGCUCCCACAUACGAAUCCCGAUUCCGCGAUGUAGCCCCUCAGCCGUCUUUCCAACGAGGUGGUGCUAUACGGCGUGUGACUGAUGAAGGAGGUGCGAUGUUCAAAUCCUGUCGCAUGGAAACUUGCUUCGAUUUUAGCAAAUGUAGCGAUAAGAACUUUUACGUUUACGUGUACCCACCGGAGCCAUUGAAUUCGCUUGGUGCACCACCGCCAAUUAGUCAAAACUAUCAAAAAAUCAUAUCGGCCAUUCAAGAAAGCCGCUACUAUACGACUGAUCCCGAGCAGGCCUGUCUGUUCGUGCUCGGCAUUGAUACACUUGAUCGCGACUCGCUCAGUGAGGAUUUUGUGCGUAACGUGCCGUCUCGCCUGCAACGGCUACCACACUGGAAUAAUGGGCGUAAUCAUAUCAUCUUUAACCUUUAUUCGGGCACGUGGCCAGACUACAACGAGAAUGGGCUCGGAUUCGAUCCGGGACAGGCAAUCCUAGCUAAAGCCAGCAUGAGCAUCCAAUCACUGCGACCCGGCUUUGACGUUAGUAUUCCUCUUUUUCACAAGCAGUUCCCGUUGCGUGGCGGCAAUACAGGUUUCGUAAUCAGUAACAACUUCCCAGCCAACAAGAAGUAUCUACUUGCCUUCAAAGGUAAAAGGUACGUCCAUGGUAUUGGUUCUGAAACACGAAACUCGUUGUUUCACUUACAUAACGCCAGAGAUUUUGUAUUAGUGACAACUUGCAAGCAUGGAAAAAGUUGGCGAGAUUUGCAGGAUGCUCGAUGUGACGAAGAUAAUCGAGAAUACGAUAGGUAUGACUACGAAACAUUGUUGCAGAAUUCAACGUUCUGCCUUGUGCCCAGAGGUCGUCGUUUAGGAUCAUUUAGGUUUCUGGAAGUGCUUCAAGCGGGUUGCAUACCAGUGUUGCUUUCAAAUUCAUGGGUGUUACCGUUUCAGUCCAAAAUUGACUGGAAGCAAGCUGCUAUUUGGGCAGAUGAAAGACUGUUGCUGCAAGUUCCAGACAUCGUACGUUCCAUCUCUACAAGCCGUAUUCUAGCUUUACGUCAGCAGACACAAGUGCUUUGGGAGCGUUAUUUUAGUUCUAUUGAAAAAAUAAUUUUUACAACAUUUGAGAUUAUCCGUGAGAGACUGCCAGACUAUCCUCAUCGGAAUGGACUGACUUGGAAUACAUCCCCAGGGGCACUAUUGACUAUUCCGACCUUUUCCGAUACUCAUCGCCGAUUUCCGUUUCUGCUAGACAAACUUGGUCACACACCCGGACUGAACUAUACCGCCGUAAUAUUUGUACAGAUCGGUACGCAGCUUACACCAAACUCAGCUUUAUACAAGCUAGUCAAAAGUAUUACCAAAAGCCAAUACAUAGAUAAGAUUUUAAUUCUGUGGGCAACUGAUAGAUCUGUUCCGCCGAAGAAACGUUGGCCAUCUACAGGUCACAUUCCACUGCACAUCAUAUCGGGCAGCACGAGCGAAGACCGGCCAAGCAUAUCCCAAAGAUUCUACCCCCACGAUCAAAUCGAGACUGAUGCCGUUUUGUCACUGGAUGAAGAUGCUAUAUUAAACACCGACGAGCUGGAUUUUGCCUAUCAGGUGUGGCGCGAUUUUCCAGAUCGCAUCGUCGGCUAUCCGGCGCGGGCACAUUUUUGGGAUGAUUCCAAGAACGCAUGGGGUUAUACAUCCAAAUGGACAAACUAUUAUUCGAUCGUUUUAACUGGCGCCGCAUUUUAUCAUCGUUACUAUAAUUAUCUUUACACUAACUGGUUGUCGUACCUGUUGUUAAAGACGGUACAACAAUCGUCCAACUGUGAAGACAUUCUCAUGAAUCUUCUUGUAUCGCAUGUCACUCGUAAACCUCCCAUUAAGGUGACGCAGCGAAAAGGCUACAAAGAUCGAGAAAGUGGAAGAUCUCCUUGGAAUGAUCCUGAUCAUUUUAUACAGCGUCAGAGUUGUCUAAAUACUUUUGCCGCAGUUUUUGGUUAUAUGCCUUUACUUAGGUCGAACCUGCGACUGGAUCCUGUUUUGUAUCGAGAUUCGGUAUCAAAUUUGAGGAAAAAAUACCGACAGAUCGAGCUGGUCGGUAGCUAGCGAUUUUUGUAUAUUUAUUAAAUUAGGUUACAUGUCAUAUUCAAAUAACAUCGAACAUCAUUUAUAUACAACCUUCAUUAAAUUAAAUCCUCGUAAUACAAGGAUUUAACUGUCGUGUUGUUCAAAUAGUUUGUUUUUAACUAACCCUCUGAAAGGGUUUAAUGGUUUAGUUUUCAGUGCUUCGCAUCAAAAGUAAAGCAAACUGGCUAAGUAAUAUUAUUUCAAUUACAGUAGGAACAAUGUGAGCAUAAGUGAUCAUCAAUCAAAAAAAUAAAAAUUAAAACACAGGAUAACAAUAAUUACUUGCGAUAUUGCAUCGCAACGUUUGAUUUUAAUUUGUUGAACUAGUCGAAAGUAGAUACUAAAAUGCACAACAUGUUCUUCAUGUCUCACAGAUAUUUUUAAAGAAAAAAUAAAAAUAUAGAAAAAAAUAAAGCGAUGUGUCGAUUAACGCAGCAUGUAAAAACCAUGAAAAUACACAGCAGCAAUUGUUGGCAUUACAUAGUAGCAAAUAAUUACUAAGCAAAUAAGUUAACUCGUCAAGGAUGGUGAGCGGCUGAAUAUAUAAGCGAAUAAGUAGAAAAGUGUAUAGAAAUUUGUUGAAUGUAAUAAUCGAAAAUACGCGCAUGUUUAGAAAAAUGAGCUUUAGGCAUGUUUGAGCCAGUUGCUGCUAAUGCGCGGAAUAGUUUCGGAAAAGCAGAAUGUUGCGACAUUCACGAAUAGAUAUUGUUUUUUUUUUAAUAUGCAUGUUCAUGAACACUGAAAACAUAAAAAGGAUGCUAAUUAAAUGUAUUUCACACAUGCACAGUGACCAUAAUGAUGGGAAACAAGGUGUUUUGCGCUUCAUCUGAAAUAGUUGUACUAUAUUGUUUUGCUGGUUACAGUUGUAUGAACUAACCAUGUGUAAAAACCGAUUACGUAAACUGUGGCAGCGUAAAAAAGCAAUUUCGCUCAUUUUGCUGAUAUGAUUUUUUUGUUUUAAUUUGAAUUAAAAGCGGCACAAUAAAUUUAUUGAAACAUAUUUUGAAAUGAAAUCUUGCAUCGAAACAAGCAAAACUCAAUAAUUCAAAAUGUGUAAUCGCUUCUAUAAGUGCGGUAGCACAUUAGCGAUUAGCAUGGUACAUCAAUUGUAUGAUUAAAUCAUCACACUGACAUAGAAUGCGUGUACUCAGUAAAAUAGGCGAAUAAUUUGUUAUAUCAUAUCCAGCAAAUGGUCCAAAACAGACAAGCAAAGGGAAACAAAUCAAUUAAAUCUACGAUCAUAACACUAAACUUCUAGAAAGUUCAAUGAAUUAUGGGAAACCACGAAGCCAUAUCUAGGAAUGCCAUUUACGAUGCCAGUAAAGAAAAUUCAGCAAUACUAGGAUUUUAAAGAUAAAACAAAUACAACAGGAAAGUGUGAUGAUGAACAAUUAUUUGUUCGAACACAUUUUUGCUUUCAUCAUUUGAUCGAACACAUUUUUUUGGCAUUGUAUUGCCCCAUUGAAAUGUAUAUUAUUAUUAUUUGUUAGUUUGUUAAACAGUGAACGCUACAAAUAUCAAUUAUCUCAAUUAUCUGGCUAUAACCUGUCUAACCGUCGUGGAAAAAGUAAAACAAAACAACAACAAAAUAAAUUGUUUCUUUCACUAAGUUCUCUUUGAAUUCAAACUAAUGUUGCUAAAAUAAACGUUUUAAUAUAAUUUAUUUUUCACCAUGAAUUUAGUAUAUCCUAUGAAAAGGGAUAUGGCAAUUACUCUAUUAAAGAUGUUCGACAAUUGUUUCCAUGUUAUGGUUAAUAUUUUGAUCUUUUUUAAGACAUCCAAUAUCAAUUAAACUUAACUAACUUACCGAUCUACCUCAUGGCUCAUCAUUAUGCUCCCAUAUAGUGCUGAUGCACGUGACCAACGAUCGUUUCACUAUCAUUUUCCUAUGUCUAGUUUACUUAUCCUUAAAUAUUGUCUUUCAUAAAUACAUACACUUACACCGAUUCACUUUUUUCAUUUUGCAACAUGGCAGGUUUAAUGGAGAAGACUUAACCGAUUGUACAUAAAACAACAAACUAUUACAGCUAAUGAAUUCAUUUGCUCUAUGUGUAUAAUUGCCCAAAUUUACUUAAUCAAAGGUCGAUCGGAUGUAUUCUAACAACAGGAAAUCAUGCUGAGCAAGUUAAUUAACCAGAACUGA